UGUUUUAGGGCUAGCUCUGGUGAAUCUGUGCCAUGGGGAAGGAUCUCUGCACAUGCUCUAAGGAUCUCUUCUUUAUUACUAUGUCACAUGUCUCGGUCCUCAGCACUGUCCCUGGAAGCAGUCUGCAGAGCUGAGAGUUCUUGUUUUGUACGCUGACUAAUUCCUAACCUUUGUGCUUCCUCCAGGCGCCAUCGUUGCCCUCAUAUAACCAGACCCUUCGAAAUGAACGAGAAGCCAUGUCUCCUCACUGAGUAUACAGAGAAAUACCCACUUUAUCCCAACUUUGAACCCAGAGAAUCCUGCAAACCCGUCACAGAGUACAAUAAGCAGCCAGUACCAAUGGAGGGCAUUUCUACUAUGAGGAGAGAUUACGUCCCUCAUGAAGUAUCGCCUAUAAAGCUGAGGCCUCCCGAACAAUAUUUCAAGAGUAAUGCAGCUAUGGACCUGUUGUCUACGUAUAAGCAAGACUACAACCCUUACCCCAUUAAUCGAGUGCGUCCUUGCAUGCCUCAGGAACGGAAAUAUUCUUCCGAUGACAAGAUGACCACAGUACCAACAUACAAAGCUGAUUACUUGCCAUGGAAGCAGCCCAAAAGGGACAUGAUUAAGCCGCCACACACUUUCCGCCCAGCAGAAGAUAAAUUUGACUGUCGGACUACGCACCAGGAUGAGUACCUUUACAAGGGCCCAGUGAUUACAAAGAGCUGCAAACCUUUUAGAUCGCCACGCAUUACAAAGAUACCCUUGGACACUAUGACCAACUAUAAGUUGAAUUACGUGGCACACCCCUUGUCCAAACGCCACGCCCAUGUCCCUGAGCCAUUCAAGCCCAGCAAGGAGCCAUUCGACGGUCUCACCACCCACAAGCAGUCCUACAAAGGGCUGGCAGGGCCACCCGCUCAGUCUGUGAAGCCACCUUACGUGAGGCCGGACCUUGCCAAUUUUGAGGGGACUACUGAAUUCCGGGAAAAGUUCUUAGCUUGGCCAAUGGCCCCGCCGGUCAGCAGGAAGCCUGCCGCAUACACACCGCCUAAGGAGAAGAUGGACCUCAAGACGAUGGCGCAGAUUCAUUACGUCGACCCUCACGGCCGCCCGGCAACGUCCUGCAAACCCCUGGCCCGUGUCGUAACCAACACAGAUCCCUUCGACCACUGCUCCACCAUGAAGGAGGAUUAUAAGCAUUGGGACUAUUCGAAACCUAAGGCCAUUGUUCCUCACUGCGAGGUCACGUUGCCCAAAGUCCCCAUGGACACCUUGACCACCUUCCAGAGCCAUUAUGUGCCUCACCCGCUUCCAUUCACCAAGAGCUUCAAGCCCCGAUUCCCGGCGUCUCGGCCUCAUGUCCCGUUUGUUGACGAAACUACCUACGCCACGUGCUACACACCCAAGAAAGUCCAUAUCUGCCCUGCCACGUACAAAGAGCCCCCCGGCUAUGUAUUUGAGAAGAUCGAUGAAGCAGGGCACAGGCGGUUCCGUCCUGCUACGGUGGCCCAGGACCGAUGUGCGUCCAGUUUGAAUAUUGGCGACCGUAGAAGCAGUCUUCCCGGCGGCAGCUUAAGUCAAACGGGCCUCAAAGAGAUUGCGAUGAAAGCCUGAUGUUUUUCGAGCUAGUUUUCAACACACCACUGAAUUUAUUCGUUGAUGAAUUCUAUUGGUAUCAUGUUUAUUUCCAGAGGCUUGUCGUCCUUCUAGUAGAGCUGAAUAAAUAACUAACAUUCUAGGAAA